AUGGACGCCGAGAAACUCGAGUCGCUGCUGGAAAGCAUGCUCCAGCUGAGCCUGGACUCGCCGCAAGAUAGCGACGGCGUCGCCGAUCAACUCGCCGCGGCUGUCCCGGCACAACCCGCUGCCGCGGCAGAGAGCAUCGGAUCGGCGGGUGACUGGGCAGAGGUCCUCGUGAGCCAGCUGGUGAGCGCCACCUCCGUGGAAGAUGCCCGGUGCAGCGCCGCCAAGGUCCUCGAGGCAUUCGGGGGCAGCGUCUGCUCUCGCGCCGCGCAGGUACAGGGCGACAAGGACCAGCUGCUGAGAACCGCCAUGCAGCAUAACUCCCUCCUGAAGAGGGCGGUACUAGCGCAGCACCGGCGGCGCCAGGAGGACGAGGAGAAGGGCAGGCAACUCCAGGGUCAGAUCCUCCAGUACCGGGAGCAGGUCAAGCGGCUGGAGGCGGACAAGUACGCGCUGUCCGUGCACCUCAGGAACGCAGCGCCCGGGAGCUCCAUGCCGGGGAACUACCACCCGGAGGUUUUCUGA